AUGGGGAAAGCUAUAGGCAAUGGAAAAGAUACUUUGAUUUGGGACGAGCCUUGGCUGUCUUCAGACAAGCCAUCACGCCCAAUGGGACCACCUACAAGGGAAUCAAAGGACUGGCGAGUAUCAGAUCUAAUCUUGGAGGACUCCGGGGAAUGGAACAGAGAACGAAUCGAGCUCAUACUACCUAAUGCCGCUACUGAAAUCCUCAGCAUCAAGCCAAGCAAGUUAGGCAAAACAGAUGCUCUGGUUUGGCUCCCAACAAAGGAUGGCGAAUACAGCACUAAGACGGGUUACUACACAGGCUUAGCUUUACAGGAGACAACACAACCACAACCCUCACCCCAUCACCCUUGUAACUGGAACACUGACAUUUGGAGAGGAGCUUUCUCACCGAAACUCAGAGUAUUCCUUUGGAAGAUCGUCAAGGGCGCACUACCGCUAGGGGAGAAUCUUGAGAAGAGAAGCAUUUUGUCUGUUUCAAAAUGCAUUCACUGUGGCCAACAAGAGACGGCAGCUCACCUUUUCUUACACUGUAGUUUCGCUACAAAGGUGUGGGAAAUGGCUCCGCUACUCCAUGUACAAUAUAUCACCUCGGCUACUACCUUCACUACAGCUCUGAAAGAGUCAAAAAGGACUACUACCCUACCACCGACAGGACUGGCUGAUGGACCCCUGUUUCCCUGGAUUUGUUGGACAAUUUGGACUACUAGGAAUCAGCUAAUCUUUGAAAACAGAGUUUUCUCACCAUUGGAAACACUUACCAAAGCAAUAUGCUUGGCGCGCGAAUGGCAGGAGGCUCAGCUUCAUGGAAAGGUGCAGGACUCAACUAUCCCGGUGCUGAACCGGAGAAGCAACGCAACCAACACUUUUGCUGGAGUCUCGGUGUAUACUGAUGCAUCAUGGAAAGAAGGAUCAAACAAUGCGGGGCUCGGCUGGAUCUUUACGGACCACCUAGGAAGCAUCAUCAUAAAAGAAAGCAAACUGGAGGAGUUCGUAUCGUCCCCUCUCAUGGCGGAGGGUCUAGCAAUACGAGAAGCGUUGCUUCAAGCCCGCCGGCAGGGCUACUCCACUUUGACAGUGUUCUCGGACGCUCAGACGUUAGUCAGAGCCAUCAACGACAGAAAACCUCUUAAAGAGCUGUUUGGAAUCAUCCAUGAUAUCCUACAACUGUCUCUUGAGUUCUCUGUUAUUUCCUUUGUUUACAUUUCUCGCUUGAACAAUUCAGCUGCAGAUGCCCUUGCUAAAGGUGCUCUACUAGUUUCUUCUUCUACUCAGCUUCCAGUGUAA